GGCUACCAAGGCUGCCAACAUCGUUUAGCUCUGUGGUGGAGCAUUUGUUUUUCCGGCGGUAGUGUUUUUCCGUCAAGCGCAUUGUUUAUACAAGCAUUUUGAUAGAAAGUAGUUUAUCACUACAUCCAGGAAAUGAAUAUUAGAUGCGCAAAGCCAGAAGACUUAAUGAAUAUGCAGCACUGCAAUCUGCUGUGCUUACCUGAAAACUACCAGAUGAAAUAUUAUUUUUAUCAUGGCCUCUCAUGGCCACAGUUGAGUUAUGUAGCUGAGGAUGAGAGGGGUAAUAUAGUUGGAUAUGUUUUAGCUAAAAUGGAAGAAGACAGUGAAGAUGACCCUCAUGGUCAUAUCACAUCUCUUGCUGUGAAACGCUCCCAUAGGAGAUUGGGUUUAGCUCAAAAAUUGAUGGACCAAGCAUCUAGAUCGAUGGUAGAAUGCUUCAACGCAAAGUAUGUAUCCCUUCAUGUGCGCAAGAGCAACAGGGCAGCACUGAAUUUAUAUACAAACACACUUAAAUUCACUAUCUCAGAAAUUGAACCAAAGUACUAUGCUGAUGGAGAGGAUGCUUAUGCUAUGAAGAGAGAUUUGGUUUCCUUUGCAUUUCAAAACACUGGCAAACCGGAUUCGAGUUCUACGAGCUAUCAUGAAAUAAAGACUUCAGUUCAUGAAGCGGACAAGAAAGAUAAAAAAGAUUAGUGUUCCCCUCCCAUCCCAUCUGUAUUUAGAAUGGGGUGUGUGAAAGAUGUUCUUGUGUGGUUGGCUGAAGUUCUCUUAAUUAGCAUGCCUAAUCGCGACAUGAAAUAAAAUUGUUUGUACAUCAUAUAUAUUGAUCUGUGGUAUUUACACUUAUGCAAAGCUUUGAAUUAUUUAUGUAGGCUAACACAAAGAAGUGUUUUCCACAGACUCAAUAAUAAUGUAUGCACUUUCAUGGCACAGACAAAUUGCACAAGUCAAUGUUGGAAGAUGACGAACUAUGCAAAUUUUUCCGCUAGUGCAGUAGUAAAUUUAUAUUGAAGUAAACUGCUGUAGGCAAUAGCAGUCAUACUCAUUACUACAUGUUUUGUAAUACAGUGCAAGAAUAGUGUGUUAUUAAAUUCUAUGAUCUGUAGAUGCAAGGAACAUUUUUGUUUACAUGUGAAUUGAGAAAAUAUAUCUUAGAUAUUAUAUAAUUAUUUUAGAAAUUAAUUUCCAUUUAAUUCCAUAAUGCCAUAAACAUGAAAUAUCUCAUUCUGUUUGCCUUAUUUAACAUAGCUUUUCAGACAUUAAGUCAGCACCUCAGACUCUUCCAGUAUUAUAAUCUUGUCAUAAGCAGAUUUAGGUAUUUAUGCCAUGCUUUGAUAAAGGAAAGAAUUUUCUUUAUAAAUAAAUGCCAUAGAAGAUCUAAAAUUAAGAUAUAUUCUGUAAUCAUACUGCAAGAGGAAGGACUUGCUGUCGUAUAAAUGCAACCGCAAAGGCAGGCAGGGUGCCAUGAAUCUUCAAGGGAUUAAAUGAUCUUUAAAAACACUACCUUAAACGGUGAGUCUGAGGUAAGAUAAUUCAUUAUCAUUCAUAGGGGGUCAUGAGUUCCAUCCCCAAUUAGAUCUGUAUGUGGAUUUUACUGCUCACAGAUUGAAUCCUGCAUCUCUACAAAAGAUGACACUUCAGAGUGUGAAGAACUGUCCUGGGGGAGGGCAGAUGGUCUUACCGUCAGUUUCAGAUAAAUAUUGAGGCAACUGUUUGCUCAUAAGUGGAUCAUCAUAAUUAUCCUGAAACUGAAGCUAUAUGUAUAACCUAAGAUGUAUAUUUCUGUUCUGAAGAUUCUGUCUGGUGCAUAUUUAAUUAUGUAUUAAAAAUUAAUUUUCACGUACAAAUAGUGACACACUGUACCUGAAUAAAUGGCCAAAACAGUGUAAUUUUGAGUGAGGAACUGACUAUGAAGUGUCAACAUUAAAUUUCAACAAAAUCUUCAAAUAUAAAUCUGAAAACUGAGUUUACACUUCAGCUUCAUAUGAACCUUCAGGAUUCAAAUUUAAUAAAAUUUGUGAGUCAAAGUCAGUAUGAAUGCCUAUUCAACAAGGGUUCUUUCUUCUGGCAUAUUGCUGGAUAGUAACAGUUGCUGGUUUUAUUGAACUUAAAACUCAGACUGAAUCAGACACACAAAAAGUUAACAAUCUGAAAUUUGAUCGGUGACAUAUCUGUGAAUUGUACCUCUAAACUGGUUUAUGUUUCAUCAUCAACAGGAAAUCUGCAUUAAUCUUUAGUAGGGAUGCUAGUGUUGUAUUGCAUAUACAAUUUUGUUAUUGACAGUAUAUUAAUAGUAGAGAUACUUCACUGCAUACAGUCAAAUUCUCUUUUCAACACACUACUUAAGUUUUAUAUCUGCUUUUUUUGUACAUUAAGUUAUGUUUGAGAAGUUUUAUUAUGAAGUGAGGAUUUUAUUUUAGUGUGAGCUCUCAAACACAUUUCAGUAGCUUUGGAAAUGAAACAUCAGACAAACUUCACCUCAUCAUGCACUCGCUACAAACAGUGAACAAAAAGUAAUGCACAACACACGCAAUAAGACCUCCACACAGUAGCCUCAGAGGGCUCAAAAACAGUUGGACAUACCUUACUAUUCAUUAUAUGGAUGUUAGCCUACAUUAAUGCAUGAGAACAAUAUUUUUUAAAAGGUACUGGUUUCUUACCUGGCUCAUUCUUUGCCCCGAAGAUGGAGGCGACAUGAUUCUCCAAAACAUCAGUUUACUUUAAGUGGACUACUCGGUGUUAUAUCCCAGAAGACAGAAUUGGUUGUAACCACCACUGUGAGAAUGUCAAAUCCUACAAGAUUUUCUUUGUUAUAAAAUGGCCUCUGUUAACCCUUUCACUGCAUAUUAUUUUCUUGCUAUUUUCCUAAGAUAAUGCAAUUUUGAGGUAAAAAUAUGAAGAA